UUUUGAUUGUGUAGUCAGACAUAGGAUGUGCUGCUUACCUUAUAUUCUCUUGUCUCUGCAUGAUCGCCUCCUGCCUUCCCAUCCAUUUUUAGAAGUUCCUCUGGGAAAGAGCACCUGUGUCCCAGCCAGGCAGAGCUUGACUCUGCUCACAAGUCAAUAUUCUCACAGGAAAGCUAGGUGACGUGGAAGAGUUGCCUGGAGUGGACUGCAAGAGUCAGGAGAGUGUGGAGUGCUGCUCAGGCCAGAGUCUCUGUUUCAUACAGUGGCAAAUCCUGGGGCUUGAUUGAUCUCACUUCAGUGUUUCCACCUGUGUUGAGUGUCUUUCUCAAGAUUCUUACAGAGGUAAACUUGAGAAGCAAAUUGAAGCUACAAGAUUGUUAGUAAUUCAAGCUACGUGUAUUUUAUUUGCUAAGAAAACAAGUAUGGAUCCCGUAUUGAUCCAUGCUCAAGUCCAAAUGUGGAGUGCAAAGGCAGGAAUGUCUAAGUCAAGAACUGCAUUCAUUGAAACAGUAGUAGGAAAACGGGAAGUUAAACUCCUUCUUUAUUUCAUCACUGGGAGGAUUAAAGCUUUGCAGCUAAAGAAUAAUAUUAAAAGUGUGGUCCUUAAAACCUAUGAUGAAGACCAGAAUUACUUACAUUUAACUUUUAAAAACAACGAUUUCUUGUUUGUUGAGAAACUAACCUCCACGGAUGCCAGACAGCUGAAGAGAUUCCUAGAUAGAGUCUAUGAAAGAAAUCUUCGUACGUCCAGGAGAAGUCAUAGAGAGAGAGCUGAUGGUCCAAGCACAAGCAGACACUCUUUACCACUGAAAGUUCGUUCAGAAGCAAGCAGUAAAUGCUUCGGAUUGGGGCAAGAAAGUGGAGCACCAGGGCUUUGUGAGUUGCCUUUGUUUUCAUCCUCAUUAACCGCACUUAAUAAUGGAGGGUUAUUAGAAAAUCCGCUUGUAAAGAGGAAAAGAUCCUCGCCCGAUUCGGACAAGAAUGGAAAAGAAGACUUCCUGGAGGAGAGUAAUAAUGAAAUUGAGGCAAAGUCCGUGGUGUCUGUAUACGAUGAUAAAGGGAAAGGAAGGGAUUUAGGAGAGGCAGGACAGAGUCAACUAGGAUUAGGAUUUUCAUUUGAGAUCGAUUAUCCUGAGGAGCCUGAUUUGGAUGUUUGUGAUCUUUAUGAUCUCAUUAAAAAAUUAUUUUCACCAUUUCUGUUAAGAUCGCACUGUCUGGAGAAAGGCAUAGAGUGGCACGAGCAGGUGAAGACACUCUUACUGUAUCCAGAGAAAGCAUGGCAAGGUCUGCCUAAUGUGGGAAACACCUGUUACAUAAAUGUAGUAUUGCAGUCUCUGUGCUCAGUUCCAGUGUUUGUUAAUGAUUUGUUCAAUCAGGGUUUCCCAUGGAUCAAACCUCCAAGAGAUGAUUUUAACAUGCCCUUGAUGCAACUGCUUGUUUUGAAAGAUAUUUACAGCAUGAAAACUAGGGAGAAGUUACUUAUCAAGAUUACAAAAGCCCUCCCACAGUUUGGAGACGUAUUCACUGCUGACAGGCAGAGUGAUGCUCAUGAGUUUUUAAGUCUCUGUUUAGUUCAGUUGAAGGAAACUGUACAAAAGUUGACCAUAUUGUGGCAAUCUGAGAAUGAAUCUGGGGGAAAUAAUUUACUUACACAGAUUUUUGCUGACCAUGCUAUUACCAACAAAAUACCUGUUUGUCCUGUUGCUAAUAAUUUUGAAUUUGAGUUGUUGAGAUCUAUUUUUUGUAAAGGUUGUGGCCUGGCUGUUCUCAGGAAAGAACCGAGUAGUUACCUCUCCAUCAACAUUCCUCAAGGAUUGAAAGGUCACAACUUGUCUAUCCAGUCCAGUUUUGAUCAUUUUUUUAAAGCAGAAGAACUUGACCAUAGAUGCGAGAGGUGUAUGCACAACAAAUCUAUUGCAUUGCACAAGUUUUCUCGACUACCCAGGAUUAUUAUUAUUCAUCUGAAGCGCUAUAGCUUUAAUGAGUCAUGGGUAAUGAAGAAGGAUGAACAGAACAUCAUUAUUUCCAAAUUUUUAAAGCUGUCCUGUCACUGCAACAAAAACACAAAACCACCUCUGCCCGUUCGCGAAAAUGAACAGGUUAAGGAUCUUGACUUACUAAAACCUCUUCAUGAGUUGGGUUCUGAAAUAUUCAAAUCGUCAUUUAAUUCAAUGAUGACCUCACAAUUCAAUGAUUUCCCAACUGCAAACGUCAGAUCAACCAAGGAGUCGGAACCACAAAAUAUAAAGAGAGACUCUAAAGUACUGAAUGGAGAAGUGCAGCAGGAAGGUCAGGGAAAGGGUGCCACAGCAAGUGUAAUUAGGUCAGAGUUGACAAAUGAGACAGAAAAACUCAAGAAUCCUGAGAAAGCACGUAAAUUUAGUAAGCUAGAUUCUGGUAGCAUCAGCAAGGGUACUAAACAUGAUGACCUCAAAUUUACAGAAAGACCCCCAAAGUACCAACAGGCCCAGAAAUGUUAUAAAGAGAGAAAUGAUAAACGGACCUCCCGGGAGGCAGUUACUCAAAGCCGUAAACCAAGGUCCCUGAAACAGACAGAGAACCUCAGAAAACCUGCGGAGUCACAUACCCAGAAUGACAGUCUGAAUUCACAGGGCUCACUAGGUUCCAGCAAGAAGCCAGGAAACAAAGAUGUUUUAGAUAAGAAGACAAAGCCUACAGGCAAGGUGGACCCACAAAAGCCUAAUGGAAGUGAGGGAAAUGGUUACAGGCUCAUUAAUAUUAUCAGCCAUAUUGGGAGCAGUCUCCAUGGAGGCCACUAUAUCAAUGAUACCUUUGACUUCAGGAAGCGGCUUUGGUAUACCUACAGCGAUCCACAGGUGACAAGUACACAAGAGGACUUUGUGCUUAAGGCUAGGCUUUCCACUGGGUAUGUCUUCUUCUACAUGCAAAAUGAGAUCUUUGAAGAGUUUUUGGCAAGGGAAACUCAGUCUCGCAACACGUCACAGUAGUAAUACAAGGGACAUAUGUCUCACAGCAUAUACCUACCUGAAUGCCUCACUCACUCAAACUGGAUUGAGAAGGACAGAUAAUUAGCUUAGGACCAGUAUCUCAACAAACAUUUACAGAGAAAUCGCCUUUCUAACUCUGACGGUGUCAAUCCCAUAGUUACAGCUGAUACUAAUGAGUGUUCUUCUCAUACAAGACUGGAACUGGAACUAUGUCUUUUGUAUACUUUUUUUGUCAGAAAAUAGAUUUAUUAUUGAUAGUGAAGUUUUCAGUAUUCACUACGGAAGUUGCAUAACCCAAGGUUGCCUUUAUAUUGAUAAAAAGGCCUAAUUCUACUUGCAAUCAUAAACAUUAUUCCAGUAAUAGAGGUACAUUUUCUCUCAUCUUGGUCUUCCUUCUUGCAUGAUCACCAUAAUAAGUUAUAA